GCGCUUGACUGACUAAUCAUUCAUCAAAUCAAACCCCUCCUAAAUACUCUCCAAAACUCAAAAUUAAAUUGAAUUAAGUGGUUGUAGUAGUUUAGAACAAAAAAACAAAACUUAAGUAAAUAAAAACACCCUUCUUUUUGCAUUUCUUGGUCUUUACAAUUUUUCAGUGUCACUUUUCUACUAGUCAUCACAUCCUCAUACUACUGCAUUUUCUAGAAGGUUUUGCUUACAUAGUCCCUUGGGAUUUUCUUGGAAUAUCCCAUCAACCCCAGAUCAGAUUUUUGCAAAUUUAGCCAUUUUAGAUUUUGAGGCAGUUGUUGGCAAUUGAAACUGACCCCUUAGUAGAGUAAAGAAAAGAUUUUUACUGCAUAAAAAUCUGAUCUUUAGUGGGUUUUAAGUGAUUUUGGAUAAAUGAAAUGCAAAUCUGUUGUUAAGGCCAGAUUUUGAUUGCAUAAAAAUCUGAUCUUUAGUGGGUUUUAAGUGAUUUUGGAUAAAUGAAAUGCAAAUCUGUUGUUAAGGCCAGAUUUUGAUUGCAUAAAAAUCUGAUCUUUAGUGGGUUUUAAGUCAUUUUGGGAAAGUGAAAUGCAAAUCUGUUGUUAAGGCCAGAUUGUGAUUGUCUAAAAAUCUUAUCUUUAGUGGGUUUUUUAAGUGAUAUUUGGAAAAUGAUGUGUAGAUGAAAUGCAAAUUAUUUGUUAUUAAGGCCAGAUUUGAUGGGUUCCUGUUUCAGUAUUGAAGAAGAUGAAUCAGAACUGCACCAACAUAACAAGCCAGUUGGCCAUGGUGUUGGUGCAUAUCCUACCAAGUCAAAAAAUCCUGUAAUUCCCCAGAGUACUAAUCGUGAUGCUAAAGACACUGAAAAGGCAAGCAGCAUUGUGGUAAUACCCAAAAAUCUCAAGGACCUGCGGCAGAAUCCCGGGAGUAGUGAUCUUGAUAUCUUCACAUAUGAAGAGAUGAAGUUGUCUACUAAGCACUUUCGACCAGAUAAGGUUCUUGGAGAGGGUGGAUUCGGCAUUGUAUACAAAGGAAUUAUUGACGAGCAUGUCAGGCCAGGAUACAAGACGACAUAUGUUGCCAUUAAGGAGCUUGAUCCAGAAGGUCUUCAGGGCGAUAGAGAGUGGCUGGCAGAGGUGAACUACUUGGGGCAGCUUCGACAUCCAAAUCUGGUGAAGCUGAUUGGAUACUGCUGUGAGGAUUACCAUAGACUAUUAGUUUAUGAAUAUAUGGCAUCUGGCAGCCUGGAAAAGCACCUUUUUCCAAGAGUGUGUGCAACUUUAAUGUGGUCAAGAAGAAUGAGAAUUGCUUUGGAUGCUGCUAAAGGGCUUGCUUUUCUUCAUGGAGCUGAAAGGCCUAUAAUAUACAGGGACUUCAAGACGUCAAACAUUUUGUUGGAUGCGGAAUUUAAUGCAAAGCUUUCUGACUUUGGACUUGCAAAAGAUGGGCCCAUGGGAGAUCAAACACAUGUAUCAACUCGUGUAAUGGGCACUUAUGGCUAUGCUGCUCCAGAGUAUGUCAUGACCGGACAUUUAACAGCCAGAAGUGACGUUUAUGGUUUUGGCGUUGUCUUGCUUGAGAUGCUCAUUGGAAGGCGAGCGAUGGACAAGAGUAAACCUAGCCGGGAACAUAACCUUGUAGAGUUUGCUCGACCUCUCUUGAAUCAUAGCAAGAAGCUUUUCCGGAUAAUGGACCCCAGACUGGAAGGUCAAUACUCCUCUAAAACUGCAUUAAAAGUUGCCAAUCUAACCUAUCAAUGCCUAAGCCAAAACCCGAAAGGAAGGCCUGUCAUGAGUCAAGUCGUUGAAAUACUUGAAGCGCUUCAACCACAAGAUAAAGGCGAAGAAACAAUUCUUAUGAGUGGAAGUGGCAGUGUCACCUUGUAUGAAGCUAAAGCAAACCCACUCAAAUGUGAAAGUGAAAGGGAAGCUGAUGCAGCGCAGAGGAGUAAACAAACAAAUGGAAGAAGCAAGAGCGAGAUACCAAAGGAGUGUGACCUUUAUAGCCCUUCUCCUGAUCUUGUGCUCGACGUGGGAUCAGUUUCUUCAAGAAGUUGAAGCUACCAAGCAAAAGCUAAGAUGAAGCUUGUGUUGUACCAAAUGCAUUGAGCAAAAAUUCAUCUUUAUUAAUCCGCAUUACAUAUCUUUUCUCUUAGCAUUCCUUCAUUGGAGGACUUAUCUAUACUUGGAAGACACUUUGUUUGUCAUUCCGCGUCUUUUUUAUUAUGUUGUUCUGAGGAAAUUGCCUUAGCUAUAAGACAUUUGGUGAUAUUAGGGAAAUAAUAAGGUCCCUCCGAAGGAGGGUCUGGCAUCAAGCAUCAUUUAGACCAAAUAUAUUGCCAAGACCUUAAGUUUUUGGAA